CACCAGCUAAUGGACACUCACCACACCAUUCCUACUGUGACUGGUUUACCUGUGACCCUCACUGCAAAGGGAACAGCUACCCUUGGACUCAAGAUGAAUGGAAACUUCAAGGCUCGUAGUCUCAAGAAUAUAAACAUUGAAGGACACCUCCAUCCUUCGGCCGCAGUUCAAAUUGAUGGCGUUAUGCUCGUCGAUGCCCACGUGUCUCGCACUGGACUGAAGAUGUCUUCCAACCUUCACACCUCCACAUUCCUUGAUGGCAAGCUUCAGAUCAAUGGUGGUAAACUAGUCGAUGUUGCCUUCAACACACCCAAGGACAAGAUGGAAGUUAUCAAUGUCAAGACCGAGUUCUUCUACCUGGAAGAUGAUCAAGAGAUCCGAAAGGAAGUUGCAAACCUCAUCCAAGAAGAGAGCUGCACUAGUGGAGUCAGUGGCGUUGCCUUGUGUGGUGAAUACAGCUACGCUCCUUGCUCGGAAUAUGGCCCAAGCUUCCCCUUCACAGGACCUUUUGCAACAAGUGUUCAUUUCAAGAAGACAAACACUCAGACUGGAUAUGUCCUGCGCUUCACUCACGAAGAUGAUCAGUUUGUUUUCUUGUUUGACACACCAGGAUCACAAACAGAUCGUAAAGUCCUGCUUACUAUUACCAAGGCUGCUAAAGCAAUCAGCUUUGAUCUUCACACGCCAUUUAAAUCAGUCCAAGGUAGUGGCGAAUAUCUCUGGCAGAAGAAUAACAAGAACACUAAGCUGGCACUCGUUGUUGAUGAAAAUCAACAAUACAUGCUAGAGGCUGGUCUACGUACAAGCGGAAAAACAGUCAAGACACUUGUCCCAUCUUUCAUUCUCACUUCCCCUACUGGUCAAGUAUUGAAUGUACAAGGAAACUUCCAGGCCAACACGGAUGCUGCUAAAUAUGUUGCUGAUGUUACCAUCUCGGAGAUGACUGCAUCCCCCAUCAUUGUACACGCAUCGUUUGAGGGCGAAAGUAACUCUGUUGCCAUGAACGUUGAUCUGAAAACACCAAUCAUUGACACAUUGGUCAAGAGUGAGUUUGGUUAUGGUGAGAACUUCCUUUUCAUCCAAGGUGGAAGCAGAGUACAGUAUUAUGAAAGAGGCCAAACAGACGGUCCACCAUUCUGCCCUUCUCAAGAAGGAAACCACAGAGGACCUCUCCAAGUACACCAUUGUCUUUGACGUCUCCCCACAGUACCCUGAAAUGACAUUAGAUUAUAACCAGAACAUCGUCCUUUCAAAGGGACGCAUGGAAAACAACGCUAAGCUUGUCCAUGGCCCUGCCACAUGGAACGUCAAUGAAGUGGUAUCCUACGCCAAUAACAAUGGUCACCGCGAUAUGAACAUCCACUGGACAGUCGCUUGCACACACUAUGAGAUCGAUACCUCUGGUUCCUUUGCACUGGAGUUCUCUCCAAAUCACCUGAAGGGUGACUAUCACUUCCAACUGUCUCCGGGAGAGAACAGGUCAUCCUAGUGGAAUUCAGUCAUCAGUAUGACGUCGAAACACUCGGACGUAUCAACGUGCAGGCUGAGGACCUGAAGUCUUCCCUUGAAUUUGUUUUCAAUAAGAUCGCGGCUGGCCACUACAAAGCUCAAGUAAUCGGUGGCAUUAAUGAGAAAGAAAUGGUUUUGGAAGGAAGCUUUAAAGAUAACUCCGUGGCGCGGUAAAUCCAACCCCAUU